AUGGCUUCUACCAUGGCCGCAAAUGCAACCAGCGUACAUAACGUACGAUCGAGCCGGGCUUCUAACAUGAGUUCAUCCGGGAUGAACAGUGACCGCACGCGCGGAUCUCACCACAAUGUGGGCAAGGGUUUCGGCGUUGGCAAGACCAGCUGGAACAGCAACAUCUGGGGUGACUCGAACCUGAGUGGUGGCUUUGAUGACCCACAUAUCGGCGAGAGUGCCUUUGAAGGAAAGUCAGGGUCGGGUUCCCUAUUGUCUUCUUCGGAGUCUGAUGGCUGGACUGGACGAUCCAACCUUCCAUGGAGCACCGUAAACCCGACUUCGUUGUCAAUGCAGAGCCGCGGUAUGGCAACCUCGCCCAUCCAAACGCGCGGCAAUGACCGUACCGCUGCUGGUAUGAAUGAGACAGGCGAUGGUUCAUCGUACUUUGCCUUGCCGCGUACCUCUGGGAUUGGCACCUCCGCUGGGACCGUGAGCCACCGGCCCUAUCUGAACACUAGUUCCGAAGGUGUUUCUCCGUCGGGUGACGGCAUGUCAUUUGGUGGAUUCCACGGCCUUCGCAACGGUGACAACCGACGGCAGAUAAACUCUGGCCUGGCUGGCAGUCCGGUGGGCACCGGAUUCCCCAUGAAGCAGGGAUUUUCGGGUCCUCUGGAAGGAUCACGAUCGGAUGAGAUGGCCAACCAAAUGGGCAUGGGCUCUUUCGCCUCGGGCAUUCCCGACACCGUCUCCCCGCCGCAAGCCCGGAGCUCGCUCUCUCACGUAUCCCACAAUUCCGCUUCUUUUGCACCUCAACGACCCACCCACUCUGCCCAUCCUUCUUUCUAUUCCGACAACCACAGCAUUGAUGGUCGAUACGGCAGUGGCUCCAUUGAUCUCAGCGCGGGAUUCAACAAACUUCAACUCAACGAUGCCGGCUUCGGCAAUGCAGCUCAGCGACCCCCAUACAUCCCGCACGCCUCGUUUGAUGGAUCUUUCCCUCGCACCAAGUACCAGAACAACGAUGAUGCUAGCUACCAGACAUUGGGUAACUACGCGGCAGAGGGUGCGCCCGACAUGCAUCUUUAUCAUGCCCGGGCUCGUGGUGCUGACACCGGCUCUAUCUCUCCAUCAGACUACGCGCGCAUGGACAGUCCGCUCUACCCAGGCGUGGAUACCCCAGCGCAGUACCGACAAUCUGGAAAUCUUAUUUCUGAAACCCAGGCUGCAGCCUUUGAGCGUAGAUUGAGAAACUUCCAGGAGCAAGAACUGGCGCAAGCUCCGAACAACAGUCUCCCUCGCAUGCAAUACCCUCAAUCUUACGACUACUCCGGCUACCAAACGGCACGGCUGAAUGCUCUCUCUGGAUUUUACCCCAUGGCUCACCUGGGCGGACUAAGUGCCGCGGCUCUGGUCUCUCGAGCGCACCGUGAUAAUGAUCCAGCACAAGUUGUUCGCAGCCCCCUCCUCGAAGAGUUCCGGGCCAACAGCAAGGGCAACAAGCGUUACGAACUAAAGGACAUCUACAACCACGUUGUUGAGUUCAGCGGUGAUCAGCACGGCUCGCGAUUUAUUCAGCAGAAGCUGGAGACUGCCAACAGUGACGAGAAGGAGCAGGUCUUCCGAGAGAUCCAGCCGAACUGCCUGCAGCUGAUGACGGAUGUCUUUGGCAACUACGUUGUGCAGAAGCUGUUCGAGCACGGAAACCAGACACAAAAGAAGAUCCUGGCGAACCAGAUGCGGGGCCAUGUGCUGGCUCUGUCGACUCAGAUGUAUGGAUGUCGCGUGGUCCAAAAAGCACUCGAGCACAUUCUGACCGACCAGCAAGCUGCCAUGGUGAAGGAGUUGGAGAACCAUGUUCUCAAGUGUGUACGGGACCAGAACGGUAACCAUGUGAUCCAAAAGGCCAUCGAGCGAGUCCCCUCGCAAUACGUGCAAUUCAUCAUCAAUGCCUUCCGAGGCCAGGUGAACCGCCUUGCUGCACACCCGUACGGCUGCCGUGUCAUUCAGAGAAUGCUGGAGCACUGUGAGGAAAUAGACCGUGAAUCCAUUCUGGCUGAGCUCCAUGCUUGCACGUCCAACCUCAUCCCUGACCAGUUCGGCAACUACGUGAUCCAGCACGUCAUCGAGAAUGGCGAGGAAAAGGACCGAUUGCGCAUGGUUGUCAUUGUCAUGUCUCAGCUUCUGGCCUAUUCCAAGCACAAGUUCGCUAGCAACGUGGUCGAGAAGAGCAUUGAAUUUGGCGAGGAAAGUCAGCGUCACCACAUCAUCUCGACUCUGACCUCUCCCAACGAACGCGGCGAGAGUCCAUUGCUUGGUCUCAUGCGUGACCAAUAUGGGAACUAUGUAAUUCAGAAGGUCCUCGGUCAGCUGAAGGGCACCGAGCGGGAAGCUCUUAUUGAGGAGAUCAAGCCACUGCUGAGCCAGCUGAAGAAGUUCAGCUAUGGCAAACAGAUUGUAGCGAUCGAGAAGCUCAUCUUUGACCCCAACUCCCCGGUUACUGGUCCUCUACCUCACACCACCUCGACCACCCCUCCGAACUCGCAUAAGUCCUCUCCCCAGCCCUCCAAGCGCACAAUCCCCACUAUGGAGCAGCCUCGGGCCCCGUUCGUCGGCACGGCCCCGCCCACCCCUCCGCCGACGGACAACCAGGGCACAGUCGACAGCUCUCUCGAGUCCAAGGGCCUUGCCAAAAGCACUGUGGCCUCGGUUUCCAGUCCCGAGACGGGUAACGCCGGUGUUCCCGUCCCGGUCGACGUCACCAGUGCCCACUAA